UAUGUCAUUCAAGUUAUACGGCCCAUCAACAAAUCCUAGACUCAGUCAAAUCCAUUUAGUAGCAGAUCUUCUUUAAAUUCCAAUUGAAUUAGUUGAAGUUGCAUAUAGUCAAUGCGAUUCGAAGGAACAUUUAGCAAGAAACCCAUUUGCUAAAGUUCCUGUCAUUGAAACAACUGAUGGAUUCCUCUAUGAGAGUAAUGCUAUCUGUAGAUACCUUGCAAGAUCGAAAUAAGAAUCAGGAUUAUAUGGGUAUAAUAUUUAGAAUUAUAUUAAGUGCUACUCCCUUCUAAUAAUCAUAAGUUGAUUAAUGGAUUGAUUGGACAGUAAAUGAAUUAGAUCCAAAUUUCAUGACUACAUUCACUUAAAUAUGGGGACAUUUACCUGUUAAUGAAGAUUCAUUCAAAACUUCAAGAAAUAUCAUUAAUGAGAAAUUAAAAUAAUUAGAGGGCCAUUUCAAGAAUUCUCCAUAUUUGGUUGGGGAUAAAUUAACAAUUGCAGAUAUUACUCUUAUUGUAAGAAUUGCUCCCUUUUUCACUUUAUUGAUUGAUGAGAAAACCAGAAAAUCAUAUCCUUCUCUUAUGAAAUGGUUCACAGCUGUAACUGAACUUCCUCAAUUUAAAAAAGUAUAUAACAUAUAGAUAUAUAUAGAAUUUUGGAAGAGUUAGAUUAUGUAAAGUUGCUUUCCCAUUACCUAAAUAAGAAGAACAAAAGUAAAAGGAAUAAAAACCAAAAGAAGAAAAACCUAAAGAAUAAAAACCAAAAGAAGAAAAACCUAAGGAAUAAAAACCCAAGGAAGAAAAACCAAAAGAAUAAAAGUAAAAGGAAUAGAAACCAAAGGAAGCUGAAAAGCCAAAGGAGGCAUAAAAAUAAAAAGAUUAGGAAGAUGAUGAACCUGCUCCUGAAAAGAAAAAAAAUCCUUUAGAUUUACUUCCUCCAUCUCCAUUCAAUAUUGAUGAUUAUAAAAGAGCAUUUUUUGCUGAAAAAGACAUUACAAAGAAUAUUUAAUAACUUUUUACUUCAGUUGACACUCAAGGUUGGUCCUUAUGGAUUAUCACCUAUAAUAAAUCAUAAAAUGAGGGUAAAUAAAUAAUUUUAACAAAUAAUUUAAUGAAAGGAUUUAUUAACUAAAGAUUGGAUUAAAAUUUCAGAAAAUAUUCAUUUGCUAUUCAUGGAGUUUAUGGUGAUGAACCAAAUUUGGAAAUUAGAGGAGCAUGGAUUUGGAGAGGAAUUGAAGUACCAUAAGAAUGGGUAAUAAUUAUAAUUCAUAAAUUUUUAGAAAGAUCAUGUUGCUUAUGAUUAUCAUGUUUUCAGAAGAAUCGACAUUAAUAAUGAAUAAGAUAAGAAAGAUUUCACUGAAUAUUGGGUGAACUAAGAAGAGGAUGUAUCAAAAGUUGAUGGUCUUACAGCCAGAAGCUUGAUUUAUUUCAGAUGAU